GGGGGGGAAGCUGUUCAGUGACGGACGCCGCCGGGAUUCUAAACGGUUUGGUUUGAGACGGCGCGAGGAUGUCAACGGCUCCACUCAGAGUAUUAGCUUGUGGAGAUGUUGAAGGAAAACUUAAUGUGUUGUUUAAUCGAGUACGGUCUAUUCAAAAGAAAAGUGGAGAUUUUGAUUUGUUGUUAUGUGUGGGAAAUUUCUUUGGAAGCACAGAGGAGGCAGAAUCUGAAUGGGAAGAUUACAAAACUGGAGUCAAGAAAGCUCCAAUGCAAACCUACGUUUUGGGUGCCAACAAUCAAGAAACUGCUAAACAUUUCUCUGAAGUAGAUGGAUGUGAAUUGGCAGAAAAUAUUACAUAUCUAGGUCGUAAAGGUGUGUUUACAGGAGCCUCAGGUUUGCAGAUUGCUUACUUGAGUGGUACAGAAGCCCAGAAUGAACCCGCACCAUCUUAUUGCUUUACUUCUAAAGAUGUGACAACACUGAUGAGCUCACUAACUGCCAACUCCAAAUUCAAGGGUGUAGACAUACUGCUCACAUCAGAAUGGCCAAAAGGGGUGUGGCAGUAUGGGAACAAUCCAGAUGAUGUAGACACAAAAUCAUGUGGUUCUGGUUCAAUAGCUCAUCUUGCAUCUACGUUAAAGCCACGAUAUCAUUUUGCAGCUUUGGAAGGAAUCCACUAUGAAAGGUUACCCUACAGGAAUCAUGUGGUACUGCAAGAAAAUGCACAACAUGUCAGCAGGUUCAUAUCACUGGCCAAUAUCAGCAAUACUAGUAAGAAAAAGUAUCUGUACGCAUUUAAUGUAGUACCAAUAAACUCUAUGGAUCCAACUGAACUAGUGAAACAACCUCAAGAUGUCACAGAGAAUCCAUACAGAAAAAUGUUCAAAGACUCUCAAAAGACAAAAUUAGGAGAAGGCACUACAGAAGAAUCUGCUGUCCAGUUCUUCUUUGAGCUGAACAAACCAGAGGGAAGGAAAAGGCGCUCGGAUGGAGGAGGAACGUUUACUCAAUCCAAACAGCACAGGAAACCACCUCAGCCCACUGGCCCCUGCUGGUUUUGCCUUGCUAGUCCUGAAGUAGAAAAGCACUUAGUGAUCAGUAUUGGUACACAUUGUUACAUUGCACUCGCCAAAGGUAGUUUAACUCCCGACCAUGUACUUAUCUUGCCCAUUGGCCAUUAUCAAUCAGUGGUUGAGCUACCUUCGGAAGCCAUAGAAGAAGUAGAGAAGUACAAAUUGGCUUUGAAAAAGUAUUACAAAAGCAAAGGGAAAAGAUUUGUAAUGUUUGAAAGAAACUACAAGAGCCAACACUUACAGUUACAGGUGGUUCCUGUUCCUGUUCAGUGUUGUGUUACUGAUGACAUCAAAGAAGCUUUUAUUGUACAGGCAGAGGAACAGCAGAUGGAGCUCUUGGAGAUUCCCGAGCAUUCAGACCUCAAGCAAAUAAUUCAGCCCGGAUCAGCAUAUUUCUACGUUGAGCUGGAAAAUGGAGACAAACUUUUCCACAGGAUCAAGAAACAAUUUCCUCUGCAGUUUGGCAGAGAGGUUUUGGCGAGCGAAGCCAUUUUAAAUAUACCAGAUAAAGCCAACUGGAGAGAGUGUAAAUACAGCCGAGAAGAUGAGGAAGCAUUUGCCAAGGCUUGCAGAGAGACUUUUCAACCAUUUGACUUUUCCUUACUUGAUUAAGUAAACUUCUAUGUGUAAAUUGCUGCAAAUGCUUUUAACACCACAAUUCCGUGUAUAUUUCUAAGGUUAUCCGUUUGAGGCAAAUUAAGUUUUAGACAUAACUUUGAUACAAAUAUCUAUUUUCUGGCACAGAACAAUAAUUAUAAAGGUUCAGAAGACAUUUUCAAAAGAUUUAUAUUCGUUGAUUUUUCACAUGGACUCAGCAUUUGCAGCAAUUUAUUUCAAGAUGAUUUCUUUUUUAGUAAGAGUUUACAGUCCUGUGUUUUUCUUUUUGGUGUGAAAUACAACAGUUUGAAUAAUGCCCAUUUGUCUGACACAAACACAGAUACAAAAUGAAUUGAUUUUUUUAGUAAAAGUUCUGUUGGAGUCUUUAGUGUGGUUUUUGGAAGUUGAUGCAAUUUUUACAUAUUGGAGUUUCCCUUUACAGAUAUUUUUUAUUUUUAUUAAAGAAUUUUUUUCAUUAAACUAUUCAUGAAAUAGAUCAAGUUUGGAGGGUAAACUUUCUUAAAUGUUUUGUUUGUAUGCAAUGGAUGUAUCAAUGUGUUUUCCAUAUCAGCCAACUUUACUGCAAUAAAAAUUCAUGUUGGUAUUACCCGGCAAGAUUUUACCACUAAA